UUGGAGCUGCUGCUUUGGUAUUCUGUCCACCGUGGAGUUUGGGAAAUGCCCCAGUAAGAUCUGCAUUGCCACAUCUUGGAGUGCAACUUUACUGCUCUGCUCUUCCUCCAUCCAUCUGUACCUGUCUGAGGGGAGCAUCUCUGUACAGCAGCAGAAAGGAUCCUUCAUCCAGACUCGGACAACAUGGGAGACAAAGACACCGUAGAGAAGUUCCUUGACAACAACCCCCAGUUUGCGAAGGAGUACUACGAAAAGAAAGUCAAGGCAGACGUGAUCACUGCUGCCUUCAACAACCAGGUCCAGAUCAAAGACCCGGCCUCUUACAAGGAUGUCACCACCAUCCAGGAGGCUGAGUUCAUAUUCGAGCUCAUUAAGGAAAUGCAGGGCGACAACCCGAUGGAGAAAGCCUUGCAUAAAGUUCUGCAGAGGAUUGCUUUGCUCAUCCAGGCUGAUCGUUGCAGCUACUUUGGCUACAGGGCUCGUAAUGGAUCACCCGAGCUGUCCACAAUCCUCUUUGAUGUGACACACAACUCUCCAUUUGAGAAAAAUCUGGUAAACCCCAAUGUAGAGAUUGUUUUCCCAACUGACAUGGGAAUUGUUGGAUGGACUGCACAUUCCAAGAAGCCCCAGAACGUUGCUGAUGUGAAGAAGGAUUCUCAUUUCAGUGACUUUGUGGACAAGCAGACCAAAUACACAACCAAGUGCAUGCUUACUGCUCCUCUUAUGUGUGGGAAAGAGCCCAUCGCUGUCAUCAUGGCGCUCAACAAACAAGGCGCUGAUGAAUUCUCCAAGGCUGAUCAGGAGCUCUUCAUUAAAUAUGUGAACUUUGCUUCUGUGGUUGCUCUGCAAGCGCACACUGCUUACAUGUGGGAUAUAGAGUCCAGGAGAAGCCAGGUGUUGCUGUGGUCUGCCAGCAAGGUUUUUGAAGAGUUGACGGAUAUUGAGAGGCAGUUUCACAAAGCCUUGUACACAGUGAGGACUUAUAUCAAAUGCGAAAGAUACUCUGUCGGACUUCUGGACAUGACUAAAGACAAGGAAUUCUUCGAUGAGUGGCCAAUCAAACUCGGAGAACAGGAGCCUUAUAAGGGCCCCAAGACACCUGAUGGCAGAGAAAUCAACUUCUACAAAAUUAUUGACUACUUGCUGGAGGACAAAGAGGAGAUUAAAGUUAUCCCCGGCCCUCCUGCAGACCACUGGGCUCUGGUCAGUGGACUCCCAACAUAUGUGGCUGAGAAUGGAUUUAUCUGCAACAUGAUGAACGCUGCAGCAGAUGAGUACUUUGCAUUUCAGAAAGAAGCAGUGGAUGAGACCGGAUGGAUGAUUAAGAACGUCCUCUCCCUUCCAAUUGUCAACAAAAAGGAGGAAAUUGUUGGUGUUGCCACUUUUUUCAACAGAAAAGAUGGCAAACCAUUUGACGAGAAUGAUGAACAAAUUACAGAAGCUCUGACUCAGUUCCUCGGCUGGUCCACUCUAAAUAGCGACACAUAUGACAAACUGAACAGAACAGAGUGGAGGAAAGACGUUUCCCAGGAAAUGCUGAUGUACCAGACAAAGGCCACACUAAGUGAUGUACAGACCAUUCUGAACACUCAAGAAAAGUUUGGUUCUGCACCAGAGGACUGCGACCAGAAGGAGAUGUACAAACUGCUGAGAACCACCAUCCCUGAAGCCAAGACGGUGGAGCUGCUUGAAUUCCGCUUCAGUGACUUUCCUUUGUCGGAGCAUGAACUCAUCAAGUGUGGUAUUCGCUGCUUCUUUGAGCUGGGGGUGGUGGAGAAGUUCAAAGUCCCAGCAGAGAUCCUGACUAGAUGGAUGUACACCGUUCGAAGGGGAUACCGUGACAUCACCUACCACAACUGGAGACACGGCUUCAACGUCGGACAAACCAUGUUCGCUCUGCUGCUAACAGGUAAACUGAAGAAGUAUUACUCUGACCUCGAGGCCUUCGCCAUGGUUGCUGCUGGAUUUUGCCAUGAUAUUGACCACAGAGGAACCAACAAUCUCUACCAGACAAAGAGCGCAUCCCCACUGGCAAAACUUCACAGCACCUCAGUGAUGGAGCGGCAUCACCUUGAGUACAGCAAAACACUGAUGGAGGAUGAGAACCUGAACAUCUUCCAAAACCUUCAGAAGCGUCAGUUUGAAACAGUGCAGCAUCUGUUUGAAGUGUGCAUAAUUGCCACUGAUCUUGCCCUGUAUUUCAAGAAGAGAACAAUGUUCCAAAAAAUUGUAGAAACAAUGGAGGGGAUUCCAGAUGAGAAAGAGAAGAUCAGCCACGUCUCCAACAACCCAACCAGGAAGGAGAUUAUCAUGGCUAUGAUGAUGACAGCUUGUGAUCUGUCAGCCAUUACAAAGCCAUGGGAGGUUCAGAGCAAGGUCGCUCUGAUGGUGGCUGCUGAAUUUUGGGAGCAGGGAGAUCUUGAGAGGACAGUUCUUGAUCAGCAACCAAUUCCAAUGAUGGACAGAAAUCAUGCUGAUGAACUCCCCAAGAUGCAAUGUGGUUUCAUCGAUUUUGUUUGCUCCUUUGUGUACAAGGAGUUUGCUCGUUUCCACACUGAGAUCUCCCCCAUGUUUGAAGGAUUAAACAUCAACAGGGGGGAAUGGAGAGCCCUCGCAGAUGUCCACGAGGCCAAGAUGAAGGCCAUCGAAGACGAGAAGAAAAGACUGGAAGGUGGAAACGAAGACGGUCAAGAAGGCGGCAAGUCGAAGACAUGCAUCAUCUGCUAGAAGAACGACACCACCGAAGCAUUUAUGGAUGUUUGUCUGGAUGUGUAUUUGUACAAUGUGUGUAUGUGCAUGUGUUCACAGAUGAGGGAAUUCGGAUGUGCAAAAUCCAUAAAUUGUUGUUUUUAUAUACUGUAUAAUUUAAGUCAUCUAUUAUCUGACACAGAAAGCUAUUUUACUGGUACAAUUAGGUACAUUCAGUUUGUAUGUCAUACUGUGGAGACAGUAAUUUUACAUUAUUCUUGUAUAUAAAAACACCCAUUAACCUUUGCGAAAAAUAAAGAUGUGUAUUUUAUUAUGAAUAUUUAAAAUGACAAUAAUAUGAGGAUGUUUAGCUACAUUCUUCAGCUUUGGGCAUGAUGUGAAUAGAAAUAUUAGCCUGUAAAUACGAUGCAGGUUACGAUGCAUGGAUAUAUAAAUACUUUUCAAAUAUUGCUCAGAUUUUCUUAUUCAAAAUUUUGUCGAGGGAAAGUUCCCUUAACAAAAUUAACAGCAACUUUUUAAAGAGAAUUCUAAGUAGUGCUUUGAAAUUUUCAAGCAUAUGUCAGUGGCAAACGGGUGAGAGGUAUAAGAAGAUUUGACUGAACUGGAUUUGGUUAUAAGCCAGGUCGAGGCCCAAGGCUUUCGGUUUUAAGUCCCCUGCUUACAUAAAGUAAUAAUACUGCCGCUCUGCUCAUACGUCAGCAUGUCGAAGGUACAUAUGGUAUUUAAAGGACAGGAAGGUGUCAUGUGGAAACACUGUGAAGAACACAUAGUCAUAACUUAUAGAAAAGAGACCUGGUUUUAAAGCAGCUGAUUAUGUUGUAACUUAAAGCUGAAAUUAAGAAUUUGUUUGCUUGUCACAUAAGAACUAUUAAUCUCAAUGAAAGCAACCAUUGCAAUGACAUUUGACUGUAUCAUGUAAGUAUAGUUUCAAAUGCAUUUAAAUGUGCAAUAGCAUCAUAUGUAAAUAAAGUAUAUUUUCAAAUCAUG